AUGGCAGGUGAAACUCAUCUUGGUCUUCCGCUCAACGAGGGGACGCUGUUCGGGGGCAAUGUAUUCGCCGACUUGGACCUUGAGCCCUAUCGCCUUCGGCAAGUCAAGCAUGCCGGAUGUGUCAUCCUUGGCGGAGAUUCCACUGUCGAAGGCUCGGGUUUGAUGCGCCUUGAUCAAUGGGAUAACGAGAUCCCGCUGUGCUAG